AUGAACCACUCAGGCAUGAACCAAUCAAGCUUACUAGAUAUGAACCAACCAGGCACGUGCCAGCUAGACAUGAGCUUACUUGUUAUGAACCAAAUGGACAGGAACCAACCAAGCACAAGCCUACUUGACAUCAGUCAACUGGGCCUGAGCCAAUCAGGCAUGAGGCAACCAAGCCCAAGCCAAUCAGGCAUAAGUCAAUCAGGCAUUAGGCAGGCAGGCCUGAACCAAUCAGGCAUUAAGCAACCGUUCCUGAGCCAAUCUGGCAUGAAUCAUUUAGGUAUGAGGCAAUCAGGUGAAAGCCAAUCAGACACAAGUCAACCAAGCCCUAGCCAACCAGGCAUGAGACAACCAGGGAUGAGGCAAACAGGCCCAAGCCUACCUGACAGAAGCCAAUCAGGCCCAUACCAAAUAGGCAUGAGGCAACUGCAAUCAAGCCUGGGCCAGUCCAGCAUGAGGCAACCAGGCCUGAGGCAACCAGGUAUGAGGCAAUCAGGUGCAAGCCAAUCAGACAUAAGUCAACCAGGCCCAAGCCAACCAGGCUUGAGGCAAAGUGGGGAGAAGGCAUUCGAGCAGAAGGCAACCAAGGGUGAAUUGUUUCUGAUAAGAUCUGCAGAGGCUUAAGACUGCCCAGAAAUCCUGAUCCUAACAAAAGAAUUGGCUGCCUGUAAAAACAUGCUGGAAUCAGUGAAGUUAACAGUAACAGAUUUACUGAGGGAUGGCUUUGGGGACAAUCCCCUUUUCAACUGCCUGACUAUAGAAGUACACAAUCAACAAAAGCCAUCAGGCCAAGUGACUGUUGGAUUUGCCAUGUAGUACUUUACAUAUGACCCCUGGAUUGGCAAGUUACUUUACCUAGAGGACUUUUAUGUCAUAUAAGCUUAUUGAGGUCAAGUUUCAAUUAAUAGUAUUACUUAUACUUUAAAAAUGUAAAUGGCAUAUUUUAAUUUCAUGUAUACAUUUAGGGUUUUAGUAUAAAUAUGGUAUUAAAGUUAGUUUAUGCAACUCAUUUCAAUUUCAUGAGCCUGAUCAUUAUCAUAGUUAUCACUGCAUGUGGUGAAAACUCAAUCAGAAAUUAGAAAAAGAUGUUUUUCGUUAGUUUCCAUCAGGGCUUAGAUAAGCCAAGUUAUAGCUAUCAUUUUAUCUUUAAAAAAUGCUUUUAUAUUUUUGGUUGGUUUGUCUAGAAAUUAAUAUGCAAUAUACUCUGUGAUAAGAUGAUAGUGACAGGGACUUAUUUCCUCUUUGCUGAUCUUAAAAAUAAAUCCAAAAUAUUUUCCAUUACUUUUGGAACUACAUUCCAGUCAGGAGAGAGAUGAAAAACAUUCAUGAGGUGAGUUUUAACACAAGCUAUUAAGAAUAUGUAACAACCAGAUACAGGCUUUUAUAUUUUAUUUCUUUUAAACUAAAGCAAAUAACUUGUUAAGUAGAAUUUUUCAACUUACAGUUUUUCAUUUUGCAUUAUCUAUUUAAAAAGUCUAGGUAUUGGAGCUGAAAUGCUGAAGAGACUAAGUUAGGUAUGUAUUACAACUAGUAGUGGUAUUCUAUAUGUUAUCCUUUUCUUUAUCAAACAUUGUUAUUUAACAGGGUAUAAAUUCAAUAAUUUAUCUCAUCAUUCAAACAUAAUCUCAAAAUAUACUUAAUUUUUAAAUUCCAAAUAAGUUAGAUAUUCAAAUAAGAUACUCAUGUCAGCUAUAUUUGAGCUACAUUUAAUUAAAAAUUGAUUUCUAUAUAAUCCACAACCACUCUAUAUUCCUUUUUGUUAAAAAGCAAAAGCAAGAGGGAGAUUCGAAGCCAAUUUUCCCCAAAAAAUAGGUCCACAGCAUAAAUAUGAGAAUAGUAUAAAAACAGGAUCCUUUUGCAUUUUGGAAAUACAUAUGACAAACUUUGGUAAACUUUUUCUAGAAUAAUAAUAAAGAACAAAACAGUGAAUUUGAUUUAUAGAAUUGCCAACGAGUGGACUUUGCAUCAUUUUUGGACUUUUAAACAAAGGGUCUUAAAACUCAACAGAAGGACCUUUUUCUUUUUUAAAGCUUAGAAGUCCAAGAGGUAACUGUUAUAUUAUUAUUUGGAAGUAUUAUACACACAGAGUGCCUUGCUUGUAGACCUUUAAUAACAUAAAUGUGUUGAUGAAGAAUAGACUUUCAAAUAAAAGUCAUCUCUAUUUUUAAACAGAUAGCCAUCAGAAGCCACUGUAACUGCAUGCACUUUCUUGUCCUCAUUUGGAACCAGGCUUCUAUUGACUAUUAAACUCGCCAAGGGGCUUUAGACCUUUCCUCCGAGGAGGGCUGGCAUCUGUUCAGGUUUAACAGAGAAGAACUCAUGAACAUGGCAAGGGUAGAGUGAAGGAUUAACUCAUCAUAACUUGUCCCAACAUAGACUCCAACAUUUCAAUGUCACCUGAGCCCAACAGCAAUUUGACUUUGAGUGUUGUGCAAUACAGCAAGUGAUCAAACUCUGGUGUGAGCAGAUCUUUCACACUGAAACAGGUUUUGCAGAUAGUAAACUCUCCUUUAUCUAAACUAAUAUGCCAAUGGCUAAUAGCAGAGCUGAUGAUCCAAAACAGCAGAUAAUUCAAAAAUCACUUAUACUUGGCUUUAUGAUACUUAUUUUUUUACUUGUCAUCUCACUAAAUUAAGAUGCUUAUAUGUUUACAUCCUAACAUAUCUGAAAUUGGGAUAAGUAUACUGAUCAGUACUUCUUUCUUAGAGGUAAAUGUCUUAUAUCUGAUGAAAUAUGGAUGUGUUUAAUUAUAAACAGACCUAAGGUACAAAAAAUUCAUUAAAAAUAUUGAAGUUAUGGGGACUUGAUAAUGGGGGGAAUCUAGUAACCACAAUGUUGCUCAUGUAAUUGUAUAUUAAUGAUACAAAAAUUUUAAAAAAGGAAAAAAUAAAAUGAUUUCCUAUGGGCAACAUAAAAAAAAAUAUUGAAGUUAAAUUUUGAAGAGCUUACUUAUGAAAACCUAGUAAGUGAACUGCUUCCUAACCUCGAGCAGCUCAAGUACCACUGCCUCCAUGACAUCAACCCAGAACUACAUUCCAUCUCUGAGCAUCUACAGGUCUUUGGUUGUACUUAUCUUAGGGAAGAUACUACAUAUAACACUGUAUUUUAUAUAUGUUUCCAUCCUUUCUGGUAGAAUAUAUGCCCUUUGAUAGAAUUGUAAUUAUUUUUGCAUCUGUUAUAAUUGGCAUGGUAGAAUAUGUGUGCUCCUACUACUAUGUAGCAGAUAUUUCAUGGGCAUCAAAGCUACACAAAGAUGAUUCAGUCAUACCCAUAAGGAGCCUCAUCUGUGAAAAAAAUACCAGUUUUUGUUUUAUAGUAAAUUGUAUGUGCUAUCACAGCUAUACAUACCAAGUGUAAGAGAACAGAGGAAAGAACAUCUAAAUCCCACCCUAGAGAAUUGAGAAAGGUGACAUUGGAAUUGGGUACGAAGAAUGAAUAGGAAGUUGGGAUGGGGAACAGGAUGAGGCAAAGAAAUUUCUAAGAGGAGACAUUAGCAUAGGCAGAGAAAAAGAGAUAUAAAAGUACGAAGCAUGUUCAAGAAGCAAGUGGUAUCUUAUAGAUAAUAUACCUUGGCAGUAGGGUGAGUGGGGAAAGGGAAGACAGGAUUAACGUUGAGCUAGGAUCAUAUAUGAAGUACCUUGUAUGUCAUACUACAGUCUUGAUUUGAUUCUGUAGGCAAUGAUGAACCACUGAAAAUUUCAGAAAGACAACUAUCCAUCCAUAAAAGUUGUUAGAAAGACAACUAUGUCAUAUGACACAUUAGUUACAAGAAUAUGGUAGCAGAUGCUGUAUGUUAGCUCAAACUCAACACAAUUCUAAAUCCCUUACCCCUUGCCUUCCUUACCAUAGAAAAAAUUAUGAUUUGCCAAUCUUGAGCUAAGUGUGGCUAUGUAAGAUUGGUCAAGAUGUAGAUAUAAAUCUUCUGAGAGGGGAUCUAAGAAAGUCUUUACUUUUCUAAUAAAAAGGAAUCAGAGAAAAAGUCUAGGUCUUUGAUUAGCCACUGUACCAACCCUAUGGUGCCUAAUUUCAGACUUUAAAUAGAUUUAUUUAAACUAUUGUUAACUGGUUUACUGUUACUUACAAGCAGAACUCAUUCUGAAGAGAUAGAAAGCAAGGCUAAUGGCAGGCAGAUUGACCAGAAGACUUACUGUAAUAUUCCAGGAAAGUGAUAAUGAAGAUUUGAAUGAGAGCAAGAUUACAGGAGGUAAAAUAGAUUUGGAAAACCAUAUAAAUUAAGAAGAGAGAGGUAGAGGCAAUUUAGUUUGAUGCAUAAAGACACUGAGGAUACCUAUGGGAUGUACAGUGGAUACAACUAAUAAAAAGGAUAGGUCUACAGCUCUGGAGAUGUAUGGGAGCUAGAAGUAGGGAAAAAAAGGACAUACAAGUGGUGUCUGAAGCCAGUGAAGUAUGUUGAAUGAAAAUGAGAGAGCAUAUAGAAUGAGAAAAAGACUAGGAAUGCAACCUGAGGAGCCUCAGCAUUUAAGGGAUUCAGAGCAAGAAAAGAAUAAAGAGUCAGACAAGCAUGAAUAGCAGAGCAGAGGGAAGAGUGAGUUUCAAGGAGGCAGUGGUGAAGAGUCCAUAAUUACAGAAAACUCAUAUAGAGGCCAGAGAAUCGCAAGUUAAGAGAGAAAUUGAAAAUGAAGAAGAAAAUGACAUUAAUUACUUUUUUUUAUGAAUUAUGGAAGUCAUAGGAAGGAG